AUGCCAGAUUGCAUCGUCAUAGGCGCCGGCAUUUCUGGACUGUGGGCUGGCUUGCAAUUACUCCGAGCAGGACGGUCCGUCGCGAUCCUCGAAGCUCGGUCUCGUCUAGGCGGCAGAAUCCGUACAGCCAGUAAAGCAGAUGGCCUGCCGUGUCCUGUCGAUCUCGGGGCCUCUUUCGUCCACGGACAGCUGGGGAACCCUCUUGCGACCAUCCUGAGAGAUCUCCGCAUCGAGCUGCAUCAUGCCGAUGAUCCUGGCCUGAUGUUUGAGAGCAACGGCAAGCCGCUAGAUGAGGAGACAUCCGGUCAGCUCGCCGCCAGCGUCUUCACUACGCUCUUCGACCGGUCACGCGCAGAGGCGCAGACAGGCGCUACAGUGCCUUCCUACACCCGCAGCUUGGCAGACUAUCUACUCGACAGGAAACGAUCACCGCUGUACGAUGGUCUCGAGACUGAACAGCUCAAAAGAUAUGCCACAAGUAUGGCCACCAGCUUUGACGGCUGGUCAGGCGCAUCCCUUCAAGACGUCAGCUUUCGCGCUUGGGGUGAAGAGCACGACUAUGAAGGCGGCGACGCUCUAGUAAGGUACGGCUAUGGCCAGCUCAUCGACGUGCUCAAGAUGGCAAUACAAGCUCGUGGUGGCGAGAUCCAUCUCAACACGCAAGUCACAUCGGUGGCAUUGUCAGAAGAUGAGGAUUCUGUCACCGUCUCCUCGCGCAAUGCUAGCUCUACCACAAAUGCGAGCGACUUGAGCGCACCUUUUGCUCUCGUCACUGUGCCAUUAGGCGUCUUGAAGGCUAAUCGGAUACGAUUCGAGCCCACUUUGCCACCCCGGAGGCUAGCGUCGAUCGACAGACUGGGCUUUGGCCUGCUCAAUAAAGUUGUCAUGUCAUUUCCUCGCGUCUGGUGGCCAAAGCAAGGUAGCUGGACAAUGCUGCUCCGUGACUGCGACCCCGACGGGCGACACCCUCUGUCAACUCGCACGAUCAUGUUCCAGAGCUAUGCGAGUAUCACCGAAUCGCCAGUGCUGGUUAUGUAUCUCGGUGCUCGAGCCGGCGAGGCGAUAGAGCAGCUGAGCGAUGAGGAGGCCAAACAAUGGGCUCACGGCUUGCUUGUCGACUAUCUUGCACCCUCCGUGCAAGGCGAGAUCCCCCAACCCGAGCGAGUCAUCGUGACGCGUUGGCAGAGCGAUGAGCAUGCCCUGGGAUCCUACACGUACACACCAGUGGCGACAGAGGCGCAGCUCAACAAGGGCGAAGAUCCUGCUACUCUGCUCGACUAUUUCGAGCUCAGCAAGCCCCUCUGGGAAGGUCGGCUUGGCAUGGCAGGUGAGCAUACCUCACAGCAGCACCAAGCAAGCGUCCACGGCGCCUUACUGUCCGGUCAACGCGAAGCAAGGCGGAUCCACCUCGAGCUCGCCGCUGCAGAGGACGACUUGGAAAGUAAGCAAGACGCAGUAGACGAGCUGAUGCCUCUUCGAGCACGGGAGCUCGCUAUCAAGCCUAGACUGUGA